AUGGAGACGUUUGUGGAUAUAUUGGUCUGCGCGGUGCCAAUUUGGGUGGCGGUGAUGAUUGGGUUGGUGAUCGGGUGGUCAUGGCGGCCGCGUUGGACCGGGUUGGUUUUUCUCGGGUUUCGGUCUAAGUUUCGGUUCAUAUGGACUGCGCCGCCUGGGUUGGGGGCUCGACGAUUUUGGUUCGCGUUCACGGCGUUAUCGGCUUUUCCGGUUUGUCGUAGGCUUUGGUUUAGCUUCCGGGGGAGGAGCCGGAAGGAGGAGGCAUUGACUCAGGACCAGGCGGGUUCGAGGUUAGUUUCUGGUCCGACUCUAGUGGCGGCGGCUCUGGAAUCAGAUGCUGUAGCUGAUGCCGGCAGUGGUGAGAUCAGGUAG